AUGACGGCCAAACUGACCCUCCAGUCUACCCGCCGAAUGCUAUCGGGCCAUGAAAUCCCCGCCAUUGGGUAUGGAGUAAGUUCCCCCUCAUCCAACCUUGGCUGGCUGUUCUCCGAGAGGGGCAAUCCAUCUUCUACCGAGAAGGCCACCGCAGAGGCCCUUAAAGUGGGAUUCCGCCAUGUCGACUCAGCGAUCAUGUAUCGUAACGAGAAAGGCUGCGGCCGCGCGAUCCAGAACUCGGGACUCGACCGAUCUGAGAUCUUUCUGACUACGAAGAUCCCCCCCAGGGCCGUCAACUCUAGUCUACGAGAGGCAGGACAGGAUUAUUAUGAUCUAAUUCUCAUCCAUGCACCAUACGGCGGGAAGACUGCCCGACUCGGCGCAUGGGAAGCUCUCGUCGAAGCGCAGAAAGCUGGCAAGGCGAGAUCUAUCGGGGUUUCUAACUACGGAAUCCACCACCUUGAAGAACUGGAGGCGUAUAUCCAGAACGGAGGCGGGGGCGAGAUCUCAGUCGGCCAGUAUGAGCUUCAUCCCUGGUUAGACCAUUCGGAUAUCAUUGCAUGGCUGCAGAAACGCAAUAUAAUCGUUGAGGCAUAUUCGCCUCUCGCGCAUGGAGAGCGACUUGAUGAGCCUGUACUGCAGACAAUCGGAGAGAAAUAUAACAAGUCGCCGGCCCAGGUGAUGAUUCGAUGGAGCUUGCAGAUGGGUUUGCUGCCACUGCCCAAGUCAGUGACGCCCCACCGAAUCCGGGAGAACGCAGAGGUGUUUGAUUUCGAAUUAUCGGCGGAGGAUAUGAAAUUGCUGGAUACGGGGGAGUAUUGUCCCACAGACUGGGAUCCAACGGUGGAUGAAGAUUAG